AUGGUGGUAGUUAUCGUUGAGGGCCCCAGAACCUCUUCGUUCACGUCUUCCACAACCGACAAGAAAGUGUUUCGUACUUGCAAGUCGAAUUGGCACCGAGUGAAGAGCUUCAAAGUUCAAAGGAAAACUAUGAGCAAUCUGAGAACCUUGUGUAGACCUCAGACGGUGUUCUCGUUCAUUAUUUGCAGACACCAAUUUCGACCUAGGGUUUCGUUUUCAAACCCUAAUUGCAAGCCCCGUUUGCUGUCGCCGUUUCUGUACUCUACAAUCGGUUCUUGGGGUUCGAAAUGGUUUCGCGUGAAUCAGAGGAGAACCGUGGCUAAGGCAUCGAAUUGGGCUGAACAAAAAUCCCCUUAUGAAACUCUCGAAUUGGAAGGAGAUACUGAUGAGGAGCAGAUAAAAAAUGCUUACAGACGCUUGGCAAAAUUUUAUCAUCCAGAUGUCUAUGAUGGCAGAGGAAACCUUGAAGAAGGUGAAACAGCAGAAGCUAGAUUCAUCAAGAUUCAAGCAGCUUAUGAAUUGCUUAUAGAUGGGGAUAGGCGAAGAGAGUAUGAUUUCGAUAACCGGGUCAACCCUAUGAAGGCAUCUCAGGCAUGGGUGGAAUGGCUUAUUAAAAAGCGAAAAGCUUUCGAUCAGCGGGGUGAUAUGGCAAUUGCUGCUUGGGCUGAACAGCAACAGCGCGAGUUAAAUCUUCGUGUGCGUCAACUUUCUCGUUCAAAGAUUGAUCCAGAUGAAGCAAGGAGGAUUCUGGCGAGAGAAAAGAAGGCUUCGGCUGAAUAUUACUCGAAUACCCUUAAAAGACACACACUUGUACUGAAGAAAAGAGAUUUGAUGCGAAGAAAGGCGGAGGAAGAAAAGAAGACUAUCAGCCGGCUCUUGGCAGCAGAAGGUCUUGAACUUGAUGAUUCAGAUGGUGAUGAGUCACGCUAG